AUGGCCAACCUCCAACAGCCAGCCUCUGGCUUAGUUGAAUGCGUCUCGUGUCAUGAGCUUUGCAACAAUCGCAAAUAUCUGAAAUGCCGCCGCCGGGUUACUACUGUGGAUCAAAACCUAUUUUAUAAAAUAGCUCUCUCAGCUAAGUAUCGGGAACAAGACAUACUGCCAAACGUCAACCAACAAGAUGGAUCACCUGCCACGCUUGAUCUUCCUUUCGAGGACCGCCGUUACUGUUAUGACUGCUUCAAAAUCUUGGAGCAUCUCUUUGAAGACUUGAUGCAUGAGUAUGAUGGCCAUGUCUUAAGAAGGACAAGUGCAUUCAAGGGCAAUCCCCAGACCUCCGACCAUGACGCCCAGCAACAGGGUGAAAACCCAGCCUGGUUCAAUGACUUUUGGCACAAGGUAUUCAAGAGCUUGGAUUACUUUUUUGGGACGGAUACUUGCAAAUCCAUGCAAUCACCCGGCCGAUGCAACCCACGAACCAUGUUUGAAUCUCUUGCCAUGCAGAAAAAUGACUUGCCAGUCAGACUUGGAGCUCUUGCAGAGUUCUUCUUUUCCUGCGCCUCAUGCAAUGUGCGCGUGGGAAGCAAACAGGGAAUCGAGGACCACAAAAGGGAUUUUCAUCAAGAGCCGUCACAACAUGUGGAAUCCGGCGUCACAACUGACGCCCCAGGCGAGGAACAAUCUCCUUUCUGGCAUUGCAGCUUCUGUGAUGAACUCUACGAGACUCAGGAGACAAUCGACCAACACAACGCUAAAGAACAUGAUCACUGUGUGCGCUUCAAUUUGGACUGCGCAAGGGAGGCCUGCACUUGCCUCGUCUGCAACAGAACCUUCAACGAGCAGCAUGAACUCGACAAUCACAUUGACAAUAACCACCAGCAACUUCAAGACCCAACAGCGCCCGAAGACGCCUCCGAGCCCCCCUUUUCUUGCGCACGUUGCAACAGGGCCUUUAACUCUCGAAAUGCGAUCGAAAACCACAACAGAGACACGCACGAAGAGCCGCCAGCUCCAGCCGGAGUUCCUGCCAUGGUUCAAACUUCUGCUGUGACCGCCUUUACUUGUACCGUCUGCAAGGCGAUGUUCAGGACCAGAAUCGCAACCGAACAUCACUGCGUCGAUUUGCAUGAUGGGCUGACAGCUAUGACUGCUGUGACCGCCUAUUGUUGUGAUGACUGUGGCAAGAUGUUCGAGACCAAGAGGGCAGCCAUGUGUCACAAUAUGGAUGCGCAUGCACCACCAGACCCGCUUGAGGCUGCUGUCUUCAAAGCCGCCAUGCGUGAAGCUCUUUCUAUUGCCAACUUGACUUGCUUUCCUUGCGAUAAGGUUUUCGGUAGUCCAAAGGCACUUUCGAACCAUAAAAUCGACAGCCAUGACCCCAAAACUUGCCAUUGCAACAAGAAGUUCCCUGGCAUGAACUCUUUCAAGCAACAUCAGAAAGUAUGCCUCCCGGAUCAGACAGUUACUCCCAAUGAGAUCAAGCAAGAGCCAGUCUAUGAUCCUACUGCCGAGUUGAAUGCCAAGGCGUCAAGUGAAGGACUAGAUGGGACAGAGUCUAACUUGGGCGAGGGCUCAGAGGACGGUCCAGAGGACGGUUCAGAGGACGAUUGGGAGGGUCAAUCUGAGGAUGACUCCGAAUUUGACCCCGAAGAAGAUUCCGGGGCCGAGUCCGCGGACGAAUCAGAGGUUGAGAUGGAGCAACGCGUGGAAGAAGAUGACGCACAGUCUGACGAAGACGAUGAAGGUCCGAAAUGGCCUGAACACGGUCAAAAAGGCCGCAUCCCAUGCAUUUUCAGACACGCCAGAUGCAAUCAAGUCUUCUCUGCAGCUUCGAUGAUGAUACAGCAUAAUGAACUCCACUUUUGCCCGACUGAUGUGCAAUGGUUUGAUUCCGACAUUUUCGACCACAGUAAGGCAUGGAGUCGAAAGGUCUAUGAUGACAUCAACUGCACUUACAAGUGUCCGAACUGUAAGAGCAAAGGAGGAGGCAGAUUCGAGUAUCUAUUUCAACUUGUUGAUCAUGCUGAGAGCAAUCAGUGCAACUUGAAGGUUCGCACCGGUCCUAUUAGGGAAAUUCGUUCCAAGCUUCUGGAAUUUGCGGAUCAGUGGAGUUAA